UUGCAGUUCCAAAAACUUCUCGUUAUUAAUAUGUCGGAGCGAACCGAUCGUCGAGAUGCCGUCAUCCUUGCUGCAGCAAUCAGCAAUAUGAACGUCGAGUUCGUGAUGGGAGCGCGAAGAGAAAGCAUACUGGAAGAUGCGCUACCGCCUGGUGGUCAGACAGAAAGCCUAAAACUGGACAAAGGAAUCAAGGGGAGCUGGAGAUCAGAUAUGAAUGCUCUGAAACAGGUAGUAUUCCAGAACCUCUCCACAGUUUUGAUCUUCGAAGACGACGUAGACUGGGAUAUCCGGUUGCGACCUCAACUCCAAGCCUUUGCCCUCAGCUCCCGCUGCAUCCAUAACUCCUCCUACCUAAAUCCUAUCUCCAAAGAACUGCAUUCCGUCUCCCUGCCCGCCGCAAUGAUGGAUGUCCAGCAUCGUGAUCCGAAGAUAUCUCCAUACGGUGAUCCCGAGAACUGGGAUAUCCUUUGGCUGGGAUAUUGCGGUGCAGGAUUUCCGAGACAGCCUGCUGAUACCGAGUCCUCUAUUGGGAGACACAACAUCCUCCUCGCAGAUCCAAAUGACCCAACAGUCCCAAUGCCCGGUCAUCUCCGUGCCCAUCCGUUCGGCCCUCUCGAUGCAUUGGGCGAGACGCAUGAACCGCACACGCGAGUCUACCACCGCGCUUCAGGGGGUGCGCUCUGCACCGUCGCAUGCGAAGUAAGCCAACGCGGAGCCAGGAGGUUGUUGCACAAGUUCGGAAUCAAGAAGUGGAGUCGUGUCUGGGACGUCGAAAUGGGCGAUUGGUGUGCUGGGGAUGGUUUUGCCAUGCAGCCUACAACGGCCCUCCAGAGGAAGUGUAUCACCAGCCAGCCGCCGAUUUUCGCACACCACCAUCCGUUUGGAGGAGAGAGUGAUAUUGGAAGACUCGGGGGAGAAUGUGUGAGAAAUGUGGAGAUGAAAUAUGUUAGGUUGAGUACGAGGACGAAUCUGGAGGGCUGCGAGGAG